AUGCUUGGCAUCCGUACCUACCUAUUGGACGGCCUCAAACCGCUGCCCACUGUACAUAAGUCACAUAUACCCCUUGCAAUAUGUUUUUUUAACAUUCAUUUUAUAUGCCAUGACUUGUCAGGUCGAGUAAUGCGUCGAUUUCUUCUGGGUAUACUGGCGCCAGCUGCGACGGCAGCUGCUGAAGCGCUGAGUUGCACCGCUGACAACUGCUUGAGCGCUGUCGCAAGAGUUGAGGCGACAGCUUCGACGAGACACGACGGAACUGCGGAUUGCGCUUCCUUCUUUCGAGGCACUGUAACCCCAGCGACAAGAACCGAGUUCCACACUGUCACUGUCAGUAUCACCUCGACAGUGACGAGCAACACGACAUCAACCGUCGCAACUCAAACAGUGGCCACUGACGCACCCUUGCUGGAACGUGCGUCCGGAGACGAGCCGUGGAAGGUCUGGGCGUCGGAGCACGAUGCGGUGGACAGGCUGCGAAAGCGCCAGUCGACGUCGACGACAGCUGAAUUUCCGACAAAGACGCCCGCAUACGCAUCGCAAUGUUCGUCCUCGGACGCGUACAAGUCGGCCUGCUCGUGUCUCGGGGUAAAAUCGACCAUCGUGACCGCCAGCACGCCGACGACGACUUCAACUGUGGUUAUCACAGCGUUUAGGACUCGGACGAAAAUUCUCAGUCAUUUUGUCAACGCAACAAGGUUUGCCAACUCGACUGCAACAGCUGUCAUAAAAAAUUCAACCACAUACGGCAGUUCAAAGCUUCUUGGCUUGGCUUCAAAGCUCGAUUCCUUGACUAGUGGCAGCUCGACAGUUGAGCGCAGUAUUGUCGCAACCGCAACUGCAGUGGGCCAAGCAAAUGGUACCACCGUUGCCAGUCGGAAUGGGACCCUGGUGGGAUCGAUCCAAACAGACAGUGCCACUGCUGUGAAGAUGAGCAGCCAGCCAAGCAUCAGUGUUCUUCCCAAAGGAACUGGCUCGAAGGCCCCUCAUGUGGUAGAAGAGGCCGUUCCCACCACCAAGCCUGCCCCUGUUCCUUUUCCAUUGUACAACAUCACCGGGUCAAGCGCGUCAAAUUCAUCACUGGGGGCUUCGUCCUUGAACUCAACGGUGAAUAAUUUUCGCAACAACACUAGUUUUAACAACGGUACAUCGCCAGCAAGGUUGCCGUUUGGAUCCUUGCCAACCAGCGUGAGGUUUGGCUCCAACAAUACCGCAUUGAACGUGACGCACUUUGACGUCAACGCCACUAGAGCCAACGCCAACGCAACAUCUGUCAGGGCCCCAUUUGCCUUUCUCAACGCCACCGGAACCUCAACCGCGCGCUUCUCAAACACGACGGACCCGGCACGCUGGCGAAACAGCACUAUCCCGCGCUUCACCAACACUUCAACGUCAACCACAGCUACCAUUGACAAAACCUGCGGAGAAACCUCGACGCCAUUUGCGAUCAAGGUGGCUCAGGACGGCGGCACAAUUAAUGAUUGGUUCCUACGACUAUCUGGUAACUCAAUCGUCUUCACCAGCCAGUCCUCUCGGUCUUCCAGGUUUGCAGUCGGGGGCUCGGGUCGGUUGUGCGCCGUCGGGUCCAAAGGGCCUCUGGACAAUGCCAUAGUGGCGGUGGUAGAGAACAAGACCGACAUGGCGACGAGCCCACUCUGGUUUGUCGAUGGAGGUCUGGUGGCCAACCUCACCGAUCGAGGAUAUGCAGAGCUGAACUGCACCAGCGGUGAGGGCACAUUGUCGUGUGUUUACAACGAUAUGAGGAACUGGCUUGGGUGCGGCCUUCAGCUGGGUCUUUCUACCAGCGAAGGCGGAGAUUUUGAGGGCAUCAAGUGCCAAGGGGUAAGCCUGAUGACUAAAGAACCUUGUGGUACGGAUAGGAGAGGAAACUCAAACAUGACAAGACUUCCGGGGACUCAGUCGAAUGAGGCAGCUGUUGCGACUGCUUUGCCGAUCACCGUGGGGCUGCCGACCACUUACUCUCAGAUUAGGUAGCGGAGCCAUGUUGUACCCGUACGCGUUGUGCACUUUUUUUUGAAGCGCAACAGGAUACAGUGAUCAACUCAAAAGAGAGAAGGGGAAAAGAAAU